AUGGCCGCCGCAACUCUCAUUGGCCCACCUGAGAUUUACACUCUGAAAUCAAACCCCAACCCCACCACCACAACCUCUACUCAAACCGUCACCACUAACGACGGUUUCAUCGAUCAAAUGGUUGCCAACUUCAAAUCCAUAGGAUCUAACCGCCAGCCACCGAUGGGGUUAACCGAGAACAUGUCACCAACGUUUCUCUCAACAGGUAACCCUUGUCUAGACUUUUUCUUCCAUGUUGUCCCCGACACUCCCUCUGAAACACUCGUUGAGAGACUCCAACUUGCUUGGUCCCAUAACCCACUCACCACCCUCAAACUCGUCUGUAACCUCCAUGGUGUUCGUGGUACCGGCAAGUCCGAUCGCGAAGGCUUUUACGCUGCCGCUCUCUGGUUUCACCAACAUCACCCUAAAACUCUAGCUUCCAAUGUUCCUUCCCUUGCUGACUUUGGUUACUUCAAAGAUCUCCCUGAAAUCCUCUACCGUCUCCUAGAGGGUUCGCAAAUUCGUAAAACUCAGAAACAAGAGUGGACUCAAAGGAAAUUUGGAUCAAAAAACAAAUGUUCAUCGGCCCCUUUUGGUCAAAGGAAAACAAAGAAGAAACAAAGCAAAAACAAUGACGGCGACAACAAGGGCUGGAAAGGUACCGCGAAAGACUCUUUGAUGUCUGAAGAAAUGGUGGCCAGAGCUAAGGCUGAGAAACAAACCGCUCACGCUUUGAAGGAAGAGGAAGAGGAAGCGUUGGAGAGAAGGGGGCCAGUGACGACCACGACGAGAAAGAUGAAUCCGACGACGAAGAAGAUGACGCCGCUCAAGGUGGUACUGAAGUUUGGAUAUGCUAGGAGGGAUGGCCCUUAUGAUGCACUUGUCCAAGGAAUAGCAUUUGACUAUGAGAGUGAUGUCCAAGGUUAUCGUCAGAAAUUAAUACGAGCUUGGGGCAUGGUUAACAAGGUUGAUAGCAAGACAUUGGGGAAUAAGAACUCCAUUCCUUUGGAUCCUUAUCUCAAGUGGGUGCGAGCUCGUGCUCAAAACCUCAUGAUUCCUUAUGAAGCCAUCUUACCUAUCAUUGUGGAGCCUGCCGCUGAAGGAGAUGUUCUGUAUAUUGCCCCUUAUCCUAACAUCCCUACUUCUCUUGAAGAUUUUAAAAGAGCUUGGAUUCAGUUAAAUUAA